CAAACCCACGCUCAUCCGAUAAGCAUCACGUGAUUCAUGUGAUUCACCAAGGCUAACCUCCAGCUAUAAAUCAUCGAUGUAUGCUGGCAAAAGGCCGAGCAACACCCAUGGUCAUCAUCUUCAUCGCUAUUUCCUUCACUCUCGUGGUCGUUGUUCAUCACGUUCACCUGUCAAUCGCUGACAGAAAACUGCCUCCUGGUCCCCGCCGUCUUCCAAUAGUCGGCAACUUGCUUCAUGUACCGACACUGCGGCCUUAUCCGCAGUUUCGAAAAUGGGCCAGACAGUAUGGACCCAUAUUUUCCCUCCGUCUCGGUCCACAAACAAUGAUUGUCCUCAACUCUGCGGAAGUCGCGCACGAGAUCCUGGACAACAGGGCCAGAAAAUACUCGAGCCGUGCACCCCCCCAUGUCGCACACGAUAUUAUGAGCGAUGGACAGCGUCUGGUGUUUCUCCCGUAUGACAAAGAAUGGAAGGCUGCGAAGAAAUCUAUGCAGGCCCUGUUUACAACCGCCAAGAUCAGAGAGAUGCGACGCACCCAGGAACUGGAAUCCCGCGUUCUGUUGUAUGACCUGUUGUGCCAUCGCCAACAAAGCCUUUCGGCCGAUUUCACCGAGUUUGUCGGCGACGGCGUCCCAGAUAGGCACUGGUUUGCCAUUAUUCGGCGCUAUACCACAAGCGUUGUCAUGACGGCCACUUACGGAAACCGUGUCAACCGUGUCGUUGAUAAUCCACACUUGCACAAGAUAUAUGACGUUUUGGCCAACUUUGCUCAUGUUGGCCAACCAGGAAAUUACCUGGCAGAUGCUUUCCCCAUCUUUCGCAAGCUGCCCGACUGGCUCGCCCCAUGGCGUGUAGCAGCCCGCAAAAUGCACGAAUGGGAAAUGGAACUCUGGGGUGGCCUCCUCCAACGCUGCAAAAAUGAAUUAAGAGCUGGGAAAGAGCACGUAACAAACUACGUCUCAACCUAUCUCCGCCAGCGUAUAGACUCUACCGGGAUUGAAGACGCUCCUGGUAAAGGCAUUCUCCCCAAUGGCCAUCUAACAGACAAACUCCUCGCCUAUACGGCCGGUACCAUUCUUGAGGCCGGUUCAGACACGACCGCGAGUACCAUGCAGAGCUUUAUCUUAUUCAUGGUCACCCAUCCAUACGUCUUGAGGACCCUCCGCGAGGAGAUCGACAGAGUCGUUGGCCAGUCGAGGAUGCCCGGCUUUGAGGACGAGGGCAACCUGCCAUAUCUAGUCGCUUGUAUCAAGGAAACACUACGGAGGAGACCUCCUACCAUCAUGGGCAUUCCCCAUUCAUCCGACGAGGAAGAUUACUACGACGGCUACCUCAUCCCCAAAAAUUCUACAGUCGUCGGUAACGUUUGGGCCAUCCAUAUGGACCCCGUCGCUUAUCCCAAUCCAUUUGCGUACGACCCAGAACGCUUCCUCGACGAUGCCAGAUGCAACAAGUGGAACAGUGGUCCUGAUCACAAGGAUCGAGACCAUUUCGUCUUUGGUUGGGGUCGUCGCUUCUGUGUAGGUCAGAAUGUAGCCCAAGAUUCCCUCUUCCUCGUCCUUGCUCGCAUCAUUUGGGCAUUCGACCUUCAAGUCCCCCGUGACCCCACCUCCGGAAAUCCCCUCGUUCCCGAUAUCAACGACGAAGAGGCCACUUUUACCACCGGUUUUGUCAGUGUGCCCAAAAUAUAUCCUGUCGCCUUUGUUCCCAGAACGGAGGAGAAAGCAAAGAUGAUCAUCAAGUCGUUUGAACAGGCACAGGAGGAGUGGGAGAUAUUAGGUCUGGAUAGGGAUCAGCGUUGACACGGUUGUAAAAACUAUUCUAAUGGUCAGGCGGGAUCGUCGCCAUCUUGCGGCGCGGUUUCCGGUCCUUUCUGCAUUUUUCCCAACCUUCUACCAAAGUUAACCCGGGCCUGCUACAUAAAUCCUGAAAUUUGAAACCAUGAUUUCACCGGAAUUCUCGAGAAAUGAUUCUCUUCGGACGUCUUGCGCCCUUGGCCAUCGCACUCUCACUCUUGACACCUCUCGUCAGUGCCCUAACUUAUCAUGGAGCCGAUUACUCUUCCUUGAUUAACCUCGAAAAGAGUGGUCGCACGUACAAAGACAGUGGCAGUACUGCCAAAUUCGACGCUAUCCUUGCUAAACACGGAACCAAUCUCGCACGAAUCCGUAUUUGGACCAGCUCCAGCGAUGCCAAUUACGAUCUGAAUUAUGGAAUACAACUGGCAAAAAGGGCAAAGGCGCU